AUGGGAGUAGCAGAAAGUAUUGAAGAUUUUACAGAAGAUUUUGAGAUUGAAAUGAAGGACUUUGAUGAGACAUUACAAGAUCAUGUAUUUCCAUGGUUCCAUAUUGUACAGUGGGCUAGUGAGGACUUACCAAUAAAUACAGUCUUAAAGUGGAAUUACAAGACUAUUAAAAAAAAGGUGGAGGAAUUAACAAUAGAUACCAAUGAAUUUCUAAAGAGUUGUCAAUUAUAUAAAAUAGAUAACUUUUCAUUAGAUGAUGACCAGAUCCCAUAUGCAGAAUGGGCUGCAGCCCUACUUGUAUUAAUACCUUCACUAAGUAAUAUUAGAUAUGAACUUGUACCACGGAGAAUGAAUGAAAAUUUAUUUUGGCAGAGGUAUUUCAGUACUAUACGAAAUAUUAUUAUAAGUGAUGUAAGUUAUGUAUUAUUUUCAGAUUUAUUUGUUAUAUUAUCUACUGAAGAUGUAAAUGAUAACUAUACUAAAAUAAAUAAUACCAGUUUAUGCAAUACAGACUUAUAUAAUAAGGAUAUAGAAUAUGGAAAAGAUAAUAUUUUACCAGAUCAUGCAAAUGAUGCAAAUGUUGAGGCCAGUACAUACAACACUAAAGAAUCUGAAUUAAGAAAAAGUAACAAUACCAUGUCAAAUAUAGAGAGUAAUGAGGAACACUGUUAUAAUUAUAGUCAGGAUAUUAAUAUUUUGGAAAAAGUGAAUUUAGAUACAGAAAAAGUAGAUCUUAAAGAUAUAUUUCUACAUUCGAAUAAUGAGGAAACAAAGAUUUUGGAUAAUUUACCUGUAAUCCAAAGUGAUAAUGUAAUUAUUGAACCAAUGUAUGGAACAGAUAUACUUUGUAGUGGAAAUAUUGAAGACAAAGUUAAUACUUAUGAAACUACUAAUGAAGAUCAUAAUAAUACUUUGAAAAUAGAUAAAUCUUUAUAUAGAGAUUCUGUUGGUGAAAAUAAAGAGAAAUAUGAAAUGGUAGAUAAUGUGGAAAAUAAACAUGUAUUUGAAGAUUCUACUCAACAUAAAGAAGUUAAUAGUGAGGUUCAAGUAACCAAUGAAGUUAUAGAUGAGAAUUUAGAUAAACAAAAGUUCAAAUCCAUGGAGAGUUGUAAUAUAGAAACUGAAACUAAACAUAUUAAUACUAAUGAGGAAUUAAUGACUUUAAAUAAACAUAGCCAAGAUCAUAUUCAUAAUGAUCAGGAAUCAUAUUUAUGUACUAAGCAACCAAAUAUAGAAUAUAAUAAUAAUAACUCUUCUAAUUCUUCACAAGUAUUACUAUAUUCAAAACUUUCUAAUUCACUGUCCAUAAAUAAAGAAUUUGAAAAGGAACAAUCACAUUUAGGAGAUGCACUUCAUGAUAUAAAUGAAUCUAAUUGGGAUAAUAAUGAUAUAGAUAAGGUAAAUACAGAAGAUAAAGGAGUAAAUAAAGAUUUUAUAAGUAAUAAUAGUGAUAUUAUAACAGACACUAAAACUUCAUAUCCUUUAGCCUUAAAUGCAACUCAAAAAAAUAUUUAUAUGGACUAA